AUGUUGCGUCAAAUUGCUAGCCGGACACUCAACAAGAAGUACACUCGCGCCUUGUUGAAUCAAAUCAUCAUUCAAUCUUCAAGAAGCGUUUCCACUGCCAAUCUUCCUGACACUGAUCCAGUUAUUUAUCAUGAUGACUUGAUUACAACAGAAAAUAUUAUGCGAAAGUUGGAUGAACUCUUGGCCGACGGUGAAAGUAAAAACUACAAAUCAAAACACGAAAUGACACAUGAAGAGUUUGAGGCUCAACUCAAAGAACAAAUGAACAGACCUGUUUUUUACGAUGAGGAAUACAUCAACUUUAUCACCAAGACCUUGGACUUUUCCAAAGAGGAAGUAGAGGAAGUUGUCAAGGGACAAGAACCCAAAUUCUACAAAAAAUCUGAUGAUGGUGAUUUGGAGGUUGAUUGGAUUGAGUUUGCUAGAUUGUUCCAACGUACAGAAACUGAAAAAACCUUGCUUCCACAAUUUGAAAGAGAAUUCAAGGAGAUGAAGCAAUUCAAGUUGGAAUUGGCUGAAGAGGCUCAUAUGCAACAAGUUACCAUUGAUUGGGCAGAUUGGGAAAAGAGACUCGGACCUGGAACUGUUCAAAAGAUCAAACGUGAUAUGGACAAGGUGAUUGAGAAGACUCGUCCACGUAUUGAAAUCAAAACCAUCCAAGACAAACUGGAUGAAUUGAUGAAACCAGUUUUGGGACAAAUGAAAGAUGACAUGGUUGAUGCUCUUCCACUCAUUAAGCAAGUAACAGACGAGUUGGUCCGUGAAACUCCACUCUUGAAGAAGGAUGAAAACGGAUUGUAUCAACAAUAUUUGGCUCCAUGGUUCAUUGACAAGUACUAUCCAGAAGAACGUGACCAAUUGAUCCAAGAAAUUGAGGAAGAUGAAUACGAUGUUGAAUACAUCAAUGAACUCAAGGCAACCAGAUUGAAUCCUGAUGAAAUUUUGCUUCGUAACAAGGAUUGGAUUAUCAAAGAAUCUUCAAAGAUCGAAGAAGAAGAAUACAGAUCCAUGUCAUCCAAGUCUGCCACCAUGUCAGCCAAGAAGAGAGAAGAACAAAACUUGUAUCAUGGUGUCAUUGACGGUGCUCGUCGUGUCAAGGAAUUGGAAUCUGAAGUUGCUUCAUUGAGAGCUUCUUCUGAGAGUCAAGCUGAAGAGGCCAAGGAAGGAGCUGAGAAGAAGGAAGAGAAGCUUGCCAUGUCUGAAGACGAAUGGUGGGCAUUCUUGGCAACAUUUGGUGUUGAUAAGAACGCCAAGCAAAAGCGGGACUUCUCUCACUUCAAGAGUGAACAACAAUUGAAGGCUUGGGAGGAAGGCGGUGAAAAGGCAAGACUCGACGCCGAACAAACAUUCUUCAAGACUGAAAGACUUGGUAAAUAA